AUGAACAAAUACUUCGCCGCCGCGUGCCGCUGCGCCGACCUGUCUUCAGACCAGGAUCCGCACUCCGCUUGUGUUUCCUGCCUGGGUCCGGCACAUGCUCGUGACGGUCUCACUGAUCCCCCGGCUUGCUCCUCCUGCGCCGUCCUGUCCCUCCCUACACGUGUAGAGAGGGCAGCCUACUUUGAACAGGAGGUGGAAGUCCCCGCCGUGCUGAGCUCCUCCGAGGACAACGACGAGGACGACGUGUUAUCAGUGGAGGACGGUUCUACGCAGAGCCGCGCUCCCCUGACCCAAGCGAGCUCGCUGCCUUCCCACGUGGGCUGUGGUGGCGGUUCCCACGUCUCUCCUUCUCUCCGGGGAGAACUCGAGGACGACUUCUCUUCAGCUGCCUCUCUCCGUCCGCCCCCUCUCCGCGUGGAGUUUGCGGGUAUGAUUGAGAGAGCAGCUCUACGCAUCCAGCUGCCCUUGCCUCCUCUGCCUACACCUAAACAGCCUUCGGAUAUGUCCUUCGGUUCCUGGGCUGAGCGAGUGAAACCGGUGGACUCCCCUGCUCCUGAAGUCCUUGGUUUUAAGGGCUUCGCCGAGGGCUCCUGGUCUGCUCCAGCUUCUGUCCACACGGCCAUAGCGUCUUUUAAGAAGACUGACGAGGGACGGAAGGAGCUAUCCCGGCACCUUCCUUUAGUCGGUUCAUCUGCCCGACGGUCCUACUCCUCUUCUCAUCGCCAGGGUUCUUCCGCCAAACGUCGCCAGCGCCGUCAUGUCUCUGCCACCGCCUCCGCUGCUGCCCCAGCUCCUCCUGCCACGGCUUCAGCUCCUGCUCCUCCUCUGGUGCGUUGUAGACUACCCGCUCCCAAACUCAGCGUUCCCUGGCCGUCUAAGAAGCCCAGACCAUCCUGACUAGGCGUGGAGCGGGCUGUGAGUGGCAACGUUGCCCUCACGGCCCCCGUCUCUUCCUUCACCAAAAGAGCAAGGGCUGAGUCUGACGGCGUCGCAGACUCG